UUUUUCUUUCUUUUUUAUGGUUAACGAGUAAAACAAAACCGUUUUUAUGUGUUGAGGACAAAGAGCGUCGAGCCUUUCCUGUCAGUGAGUCAUGGAAGAGGUCAGCAAUGCAGCGGUACUCAUCACACACUCCCCCGCCUCCUCCUCCUCCUCCACUCCGUCAGCGCUGGGACCCCUCUCUCAAAGCCGAGCCCGGCAAGACGGCGAGGGCGCCGCCUCCCAGGGGUUCCAACAGAAGCAGGCGGCCGACUCGCUCAUCCAGGUGAUCGAGAAGCUCAGCAAGAUCGUGGAGAAGCGGCCCCAGCGCCGCUGCACCUCGGCAGGACCGAAGAGAGCCCCCUCUGCGGGGGGUGGAGGAGGUGAGGGGGAGGGGACGAGGGGGAGCAGAGGAGGCUCCCCCCUUAGGAAAAUGAAGAGGGGCUGUAAGGGGCAGGAGAGCGCGGAGGAGGAGGUGCAGUCGGACGGCCGCUGCGCGGCUCUUUCCUCGCCCGGUGACGGCAACAACAACAACAACAGCCUCGCCUCCGUGGCCACCGGCCCCGACGGCGGCGUCCACAAGCGGACCGUCACGUGCUACCAGUGCAGCCUGUGUCCCCACCUCUCCCCGACGCUGCCGCUGCUCAAAGAGCACCUGAAGCAGCACAACGAGCAGCACAGCGACCUCAUCCUCAUGUGCUCCGAGUGCCGCUUCACCUCCCGGGACCAGGGCCUGCUGGAGGCCCACGUCCGGCUGCACUUCGACGCCGUUAAGGACGAGGUUCCGGAGACUCGGGACGGCGACUGGAGCGGCGUGGAAACCGAGGCGAUCGGGAGCUCGUCGGACGGCUCCGGGGAGCCGCCGCCGCAGAAGAAGUGGUACAGCUACGAGGAGUACGGCUUGUACCGCUGCCUGAUCUGCAGCUACGUGUGCAGCCAGCAGCGGAUGCUCAAGACCCACGCCUGGAAGCACGCCGGCCUGGUCGACUGCUCCUACCCCAUCUUCGAGGACGAGGACGGCGCCGCUGCGAGGAGAGAGGCGCCGGCCGCAACCAAUGCGCCGCCGACCCGCGAGGAGUCGGUCGUUCUGUCCCCGGUCCGUCAAGAUAAAGCCAUACAGACGUUGGCCACCGCCUACAAGUUCCAGCUCUGCGUGCCGACGGCCGCCGGGAGCAAGCGGGGCGCGCCGAGUCGUCCGGUUUCUGAUCCCAGCGGAAGUCUAAAGAUGGAGGAGGAGGAGUACCCCAUCAAGGACCUGGCCUCGGAGGAGCCCUUGGUCGAGGUGCAGGUGACGACGGAGGCGGAGUCCGAGGUGGAAACGGACGGUCCCCACGACAGCUUACUGUCGGCGGCGCAGAAGAUCAUCAACAGCGGCCCCAACGGCGCCGGCCACAUCAACGUGAUCGUGGAGCGGCUCCCUUUGGCCGAGGAUGCGGUGUUGGCGACAAACCCGCUGCUCCUCGGCCCGGACGUGGACCGGGACAAGAGCUUAGCGGUCACCAAAGAGGAAGAAGGGCGGGGCGGCGCGGGAGCUCCAGAGCGCGAGGCGGUCGGCGCGGAGCCCUCCGUGGGCAGCGGCUCUCCGCGCGACGAGAAUAUUCCCCCGGCGAGUCGAACGCGGACACAUUCCGAGUCGCUCCGCCUGCACUCCCUGGCGGCCGAGGUCCUGGUCGCGAUGCCCAUGCGGACCUCCGAGCUCCCCCCCUGCAGCACCAAGGUGAGUCUGAGGAGCGUCACAGCCCGGGCCCAGAGCCCCGGCUCGCGCCAGAGACUCGUAGAAGCUGGGCAGGGGGUGUCCGACGCAGAGACGACGGCUGCUCUGCUGGACCUGGAGCUCCACGGCGGGGGCAGAGAGGAAGAUUUGGGGUCCCUGUGUCUGGGGGAGGAGGAAGAGGAGGGCCCCGCCACCAAAGCCGGCAUCAGCCUGUCUCUGCUCACCGUCAUCGAGCGGCUCCGCGAGCGCUCGGACCAGAACGCCUCAGACGAGGAUAUCUUAAGAGAGCUGCAGGACAACGCGCAGUUCCAGGACGGGGCGGCGGCGAACGGCACCGGGGGCUACGUGUGCCGCAUCCCGGGGAUCGACGGGCUGGUUGCGUCCGACGCAGAUGGCGGCGGCGGCCUGGUGGACUACAUCCCCGGCAGCGAGCGGCCGUACCGCUGCCGCCUGUGCCGCUACAGCAGCGGCAACAAGGGCUACAUCAAGCAGCACCUGCGGGUGCACAGGCAGCGGCAGCCGUACCAGUGUCCCAUCUGUGAGCACGUCUCCUCGGACAGCAAGGACCUGGAGACCCACAUGAUCCACCACUGUAAGACCAGGAUGCACCAGUGCAAGCAGUGCCCCAACGCCUUCCACUACAAGAGUCAGUUAAGAAGUCAUGAAAGGGAGCGGCACAGCUUCACGGCAGCCCUCACGCCCGUCACUGAAACCACCGCGUCCAUGGUGGAGGAAGCGGAGCGGGCGGCGGACGAAGAAUGCGGCCUGCAGAAGAUGUACAAGUGCGACGUCUGCGACUACACCAGCUCGACGUAUGUCGGGGUGAGGAACCACCGUCGGAUUCAUAACUCCGACAAGCCUUAUCGGUGCUGUAGCUGUGAUUUUGCCACCACCAACAUGAACAGCUUAAAGAGCCACAUGAGGCGGCACCCGCAGGAGCACCAGGCCGUGCAGCUGCUGGAGCAGUACAGGUGCUCUCUCUGUGGCUACGUGUGCAGUCAUCCGCCGUCCCUCAAAUCCCACAUGUGGAAGCACGCCGGAGACCAGAACUACAACUACGAGCAAGUCAACAAAGCCAUUAAUGAGGCCAUCUCCCAGAGCAGCCGAGCUCCUCAGAAGUUGUCAGCGGUGCUGGAGUCGGUGGCAGAGCGCCCCGCGGCGCCGCCGCCGUCAAAGGACAAAGCGCCGGUCUCAGCGGAGCCACUGCCGACGCCGACGGCAGACGGCACGGCGGCCGUGCUCCCGGACCACGCCCACUGGCCCGGCGGGUCCCCGAGCCCCCAGGGGAAGGAGCCCCCGCAGCCCCAGAGCCAGUCGCGCAGCGGCCACGCGGCGCCGGGCCCCGGCAUGGAAUACUGCGUGCUGCUGUUCUGCUGCUGCAUCUGUGGCUUCGAGUCCACCAGCAAAGAGCGGCUGAUGGAGCACAUGAAGGAGCACGAGGGGGACAUCAUCAGCAUCAUCCUCAACAAGGAGCAGCAGCAGCAAGCAGAAGCACAAACCGCAGAGUGAGACCCGCCCUCUUCACAGUCACACUGCAUCUCUCAAGCAGCCGCUGCUCACUGACGUGUUUCCGUUCCAGUUGGACCUCACGCUGGUCUGCGAUGUCGAGGCGUGAACACAUUUCACAUCCACGGUUCUUUAGUCUCGUGGUCGGCUCGUGUCGAGACUGCCGUCCCGACACAAAGCGCCUUGAGCAGGUGUUGAGGGAAAUAAUUCAAAUUUUUUUUUUUUUUAAUCUGUUGACAUUUAAAGAGACGCACAAAAUGUGUCCGUUGGGAAGUGACUUUGAUUUCAAGGGACAAGCCCAAACUCAAACCUACGUUUGUUUUCCAACACACAGGAACAAGUUCAUACCUCACAAAAAAAAAAACAUACGAUCCCUCACCAGAAAUGGAAAUAGAAAAAUCAAAUCCAUAUAUUUUGACCAUAAGGCAGCUUUUUUUUAUUGCUACUGUAAUGUUUAAUGUAUUUUAACCGCAACGCCUGAGGCUGUAGCCGAGUUCCGGAGGUACACGUGCAAACUCACAGACGCCUAAAGGCAUAUAUAUCGCCUGAAUAUGAUUUAAAUAUUUAUCAGUUUAUUUUAUUUUUGUAUGCAUGUUUCCUUGAAUGCCAAGUUAAAGCGGCAAAUGUUAUUAAUUGUUAUUAUUUGCAUUAUUUGCAUUUCUCUCGUAUGACUGAGUGUCAUUUUACCUGUCGGAUCAAAAAAUGAAGCGUCUUUAGGGGGUUGGGGGCGGUUCUAGUUCUCAAAGGUUGGAAGUUGGAAGUUGACCAGAGCAAAGUUGAUUGAUUGUAGGGCGGCAGACAUGUUGACUUUUAGGGCAAGUUGACAAAAGGAAUGAUCAAAAGGGAAGCGUACAGAGGUCGCUUAUUUCAAAUGAACGGUGCCUCCAUAUUUCAAAAUCCGACAUGUGCCGUAUCAAGUCGCCUGUUCCCACGGCGGUGGAGGCUCCCUUCAAGAGUCUCGACUGAAGAGGAGACUUUGUUCUUUUUAGCUCGUGCAAUUUAUGCUGCGUCUCAUACUUUUUUAGAAUGACCGUUUGCUCUUUUAUGUGUUUUUAAAGAGACAAAUCGUUCUAGUGUCCCAACGCAAACAUGGAGUAACUGCUGCCCCAGCUGACAAAAACAUGCCGGGAUUACGAGGCGCUCGUGUGUGAAACGUAAGUUUGGACAGCGACCCGUUUCCAUGACGUUUAUUGGCUGUGCGCUCUCAUGGGGUCCGUGUGGAAACGCUCAGCUUCGUGUUAAAUGUGAUGGAUGGUCUCACUGUCGGGGGGGGGGGGGGGGGGAUUUGUCAUCCAGAUAUGUGGCAGCGAGUGUCUUAUUCUUGGGACACAAAUGUAUGCAUAAUAUCUCAAAUGAGGCAGAAAACUCGUGUUUGGUUGACUGAAGGAAAAGGAUUCGCUGGCACAAACUGAAACAAUCUGGUUGCCCAGAUGCUUGUUGGGAACAGCCAACGUGUCUUCUCAAAGGGUUGGCCACUCAUCAAUAUCAGUUUAAUCGAUACAUUUAAAAUAUUGUCACUUUACCUCGCUCUCUGAUGGACUCGAGCCAACUCCACCCAUCUUCAAAGUCAUUGACGAGAGCAGUCUGUAUAUUGUGGAACACUGAAGUCGCACAAUAACGCAAACAAACGGACCCACUGUGGCUCAGCGGUGAGAACCGGGCGGUCCUUCAAUCAGAGGACCGGCAGUCUGACCCCCUGGCUCCGCGAGUCCAUGCCAGUGGGUCAUUGGGCGAGACGUUAACCCCCAAUUUGCCAUCGCAGGCUGUUCCCGCCGUGUGGGAACGAGGACGAACAUUGGCCGCUCCUGAAGGGCAGGUGGCGCCUCGCAUGGUAGCUCCUCCCAUCCGUGUAUGAACGGGUGUGAAUGAUGACGCGCAGAGUUAAAGGGCUUUGAGUUGUCGGGAGACGAGAAACAAAGCUGAACGAGUGCAGACCCUUUACCGAUGGAGGUGGCGGGAUAUCAGCAACCCUCGUGUUCUGUGAGGUCACAGCGACUUUUUAUAUGACGUCAGAUAACGAUGUGACAGCCUGGACAUAUUUCUAAAUGUAUCGGACACAUGAACCCAUUUAAAGCGGUUGUGCUGCUGCCCCAGUCCACAGCAGUACGUCGCUCGACAAAAGCCCCUCUGCUGUGGACCGACAUGGAUAAGAGCCUCACACAACGCCACUUCAAAAUACAAUCCAAUCUAUCCCGUACAUGUUGAUUCAUGUCCAACUGGCAGGACACAAUUGGGAAUUUCCCAUCAAAACACUGACAUUCACAGAAAGGUUCUUCUUCAUUGGAGAUGCCCACGUCUGUGUGUCGUCCACAGAGACGUGGGCAGAGAUCAAAUGGAAUAUCCAUAACUUUGUUAUCACAGCUGGUUAUUCUUCAUUUUUAUUUUGCAGCAAGUGUCAGAAUUCAGGCAGUUGGUGAUAAAAUAAAAGUGUCCGAUUGACCUUUGAGCAGUGUCCAGCCUGACCCGCUGCUUCGGCUUACUGCCCUUAUCGGAGUUGUUACCAAUAGUUCUGUUGAGCACACCUUGGUUUCUACUUUGGGUACGGAUGAAGUGGUUUCGGCCCGGUCACUUCAGACGGAUUCCCUAAACUUUAGGGAAUCCGUCUGAAGUGACCGUCUUGCCCUGCGGUGCUUUGUGGUGGGUUGGCUCAUCAAUGGCUUCCAAUAUGUUUGUUGUUAUCGUCAACAAAUCCCACGAGAAGACCAAAACCAAGACGGUUGGUCCAUCUGAGAAUAGUGUCAGCCUCCCUACCUGGUCUACGGUCCCAAUCCCCCAGAAUGCAACAGAAGAACACCUUUAGUGAUGUCGUGAGUCUUUCCGGUGCCAGUAUGAGAACCACUCACAUGUGCAAACGCACAUCUUAUAUUCUGUGGUAUGAUACAUUUUUAUGAUACAUUCUUUGAUGGUUUAUGGUCUUAAGAAAAACAUCGCCAGACUUGUCCUUUUUAAUUUGGUGCACACAGUUUUAUCAAAGUUCAAAGCUACAACAAAGAGUGUUCAUGGUAAAUAACACAAUAACUUUGAGAGCAAACCAAGCACCGCAUUGUGAGCCAGAUUUGUUUAACAGUCGUCGUGUCCGGCGGCCUGUUGAACCGAGUUGUGAUUACAAUAUCGCUCUUGAUUUUAUCUAUAAAUAUAGCGCUAUUCGGUGAAACGAGUGAGGACAAAAAAACAACGUGGAAAUGUGUUGGAUUGAAUGUACGCACAACUUACAAAUGUGUGGCUGCACUACCAGAGCCGUCGCCACAUUUACAUUUCACUCGGUUUUAAUUCGCGAAGACGACAACGAUAACUUUGUGCCAAAUGGAUUUAUUUGUAGGCAAAUCAUUCUUGUGCCUUUUGGUUGACGGUAUGUGUUGAAACUAGGAUUUUCUUUUUUUUUGCCAAAACUACAGUUGCAUAUUUAAUUCAAUUGAUGAACAUUGUUUCGGCACAGAACAGUCAGCGAGUAAGUACCGUAGUAUGGAGGGGAUUUAUUGUGGGUAUCGUCACGUAAUGUUUUCCAUAGAGACAAAUCCACAUGUUUUGUUGUUUCAGUUUUCGGACAACAAUAAACCAAGUAUGUGAAACAGAUUUUUGAUUUUUAAUUGCUAGAUAUUUUAAUCUUUUCAUAAGCUAAAAAUACUUUCCUACUGUUAAUUUGUACAUAUUAUCCAUUAAUACUGCAGAACGUUAAAACUGACUUUUGAAAAAAAUGAAUAAAACAUCUAUUUUUUUGAUGAACUUGUAAAAAAAAAAAAAAGAAGCUAUUUGAAUUUUGGCUCUGUUGUUAUUUCCUUCCAGUCUUUUUCAGAGAGUUGGUGGUUUAAAGCUAAAAGUGUUAAAAUGAGCCGAGUGCAUCUAAACCAAAGGAGGAGGAGAUUCAACACGUCUGUCCUGAUCAGCAUAUUGUUUGUUUCUUAUGCUCAUAUUCAAUUUUGUACUAAGGUUCAAUGUGGAGUUAUUUGAGACAGUGGUGUGACACACGCUUUAUGAUUAUUUAUUUGUAUAACAUCAUAGACAGCAUCAUGUCACCACUUUGCCGUUGUAUUUUUGGAAAUAAAGACUGAUAAGUAAACGAC